UAAAUUGUCACUGUCAGUGUCAGUAGUUACCUUACAUUUUGUGAUGAUUUUGUGUAUCGUGGAACUAGAAAAGUUUUUGAAUAUAUGCCCAUCGUUGUAAUAUCAGAGUACUUUUAUUAUAUUAUGUUGGAUUUGAGCAAUGAGGAUAUAAAUCCUACAAACUGACUUUCAAAACUAUAAACAAAUCUGUACUACUGUAGAAAUAAAAAAAAAUUGAAUUAAAUAAAUUAAUAAAGAUUCAUUAGUUUAUAGAAACACACAGAAUGAGUGCAAUUUUUAACUUCCAAAGUUUGUUAUCUGUUAUACUGCUGUUAAUAUGCACAUGUGCUUAUUUGAGAUCGUUUUUCCCCAGUUUGAUGGACCGAAAUAAAACUGGCCUUUUAGGAACAUUUUGGAAAUGUGCUAGAAUUGGAGAAAGGAAAUCACCUUAUGUUGCAGUGUGCUGUGUUAUAAUGGCAUUUACAAUUCUAUUCUUAACAUAGUAUAAAUGUUAAGAAAAUAAAUAAAACAAUACAUUUUU